GAAGUGCACGAAGACGGAGUCUGUCACUAGAAAACCAAGACGUCCAGAGAGAAUUUUAAAAUGACCUCCAGCGAGGGUACAUUUUUGACAGAUCAGCAGCUGACGAUGCUAUAUGACAAAAGCGUGGAGGUGAUCUGCAAAAGAGAUCGCCGCUUCGCUCCCCUGCCGGCCAUGUGGCGUGACAAGGCUACUGCGUACUGGGACAGAAUCCGUCUUAAAUACAACGGUUUUAUGAUCCCAUACAGAAAGGACUUCAACGGAACGCCGGGAUCCGCCAUUAACGGGAAUCUGAUGGGGCUUUUUUUCAAUGCUAGUCUUCACAAGAAGACUAAAAAGCCUCCAACAUUUUCUUACUUCGGAAAUCAACGUCUGAUGGUCAACUCCUCCUUCAUCGUUAACGUCCAUCAGAAUAUUUAUUUUGUUGACUUUUAUUGUCACAACCUUCGGGAUCAUUACGUCACACUUGUUGUUGCACGUCCAGGGUCAGUCGUUGACAAUUUCUGCCAGAGGAACUUGAAGCAAAUUAACAUCUUCAAUAACCCGUUCUUGAAGAUUGUCAAUGGAAAAUUGUACGUAACUUUGGGUGCGAACAUAGAAGUAUUUUACACAGAUAUUGUGGACGUUAACCGAGUUGUUCAUGAUAGGAUUGGCAGGUUUUCCCCCGUCACAUUCCGAGGGAUGGGCAGCAAGGAAUUUGGAAUUGCUAAAAAUCUAAGCUGUAAAGUCUGUAACCUGUGGUAAAAUGACAAAUUAAAAAAAAACAUUUUUCAAAAAAUUAGAAAAGACUCGGAAUGAUUUUAGCAGAUAUAUUAACGUAUACAGAUCGUGCGGAUUUAGUGCCUUUGUUUUUAUUGAAUCUUUUUUAGCUGUAUAGAGUCUCAAACAUUUUGUAGCUAUUCGAAUGAAUUGAAUAUUGUUUGAUCAUGAAGAAUUACAGAAAAUUCUCAUUAAAAUAGUGCUUGUGAAAUCCAUGGAUAUAGUAUUUAAUUUUAUCUUUGUUUUAUCUUUCUACUCUUUCCGAUUCUCCCCUCCCUGAU